AUGGAGGACACUGAGAAUAGCCCUGCCAGCGCAGGCGGCUCGGACAGAUCUGAAUCUCCUGAACCUAUGGCGCCAAUGCCGUGGAUGAACGAGUACCCAUGGGUGGACUUUUUUGAAAACGAAAUACGUUUCGAGUCAGAUGAAGUCGACACCGAUUCCAUCGAGACCAGGGUGCAGCAGCUGAUGCAAAUCUGCCAUGUCUCCAAGGGGUAUUGCUCUCGAUGCGAAUAUCUAUUCAGCCACUGGCCGGCACUCGACAGCGGAAGCGACUGGGAGUACACUGUGGGACAAACUUACACCACAGAGGAGAUUGAAGCCUCCUCACGGUGUGGAUGCAACAUGUGUGGGUUCCUCUGGUCGCGUCUUCUCAAGUCCGAUCACCUGCACCGCUUCAGGAGGAUUGAAGCCAGACUGGCAGCUCUCGGCCGCCCCGGGCGGUGUUCGCUCUCUAUUCAAAAUUGGGGUCAAUCGAACGAUAAUCAGAUUAUAUGGCUAAACCUUCCUGGUGUAGAGACCACGCACUGCAACUUCCCUACGGCUGAUGUGGUACGGGCCUGGUCGUUCACGUUGCCGAUAACUUCAAAUGUGUGGGAAGAAUUGAUGGAUCCAGUCGAACUUGCAAAAUCCUGGAUCUCCGAGUGUAAGGAGUCUCAUGUAGACUGUCGCCCCUUGAGGAAAUAUGAGGGGCCGCGCCGACUGAUUCGCAUUUCCGACGCUACCGUGAGACUGGUUGAAUCAGAUUCAUGGGACGAAACCCCGGAAUAUGCCACCCUCAGUUACUCUUGGGGCAGUGUUCCCUUCACCAAACUUACGAAAGAAACAUUCUCAUCCUUCCUCCGCGAGAUACCGUUCGAGAUCCUCCCAAAGACAUUCCAUGACGCAAUUCGCCUUGCAAGAGAGCUAGGUCUCUCAUAUAUCUGGAUCGACGCUCUUUGCAUCAUCCAAGAUGCCGAAAAUCAUGAGGAUUGGCUGAAAGAGUCUGUUCGGAUGGAUUGUAUCUAUGGGGGUUCUCAAGUGACGCUCUCUGCGUCUUCUGCAUUGGACGCUUUCCAGGGAUUCUUCCCCACGACGCCCAAGUCCAAUGGCGGGUUCGUUGCACGUAUCCAGACAGACAAAACGUGCAGGGUGCAGGACUUUUCCCCGCCUGAAGUGUACGAGGAGGCGGUCAUAAGAACCCACCUCGGAAGUCGAGGCUGGGCGCUUCAAGAAAAGUCACUGUCGCGUCGAACGUUGCAUAUUGGUGAUUGUGGCGUUUUCUGGGAAUGCCAGAGCACGACAAAAUCCCAAUUCAUCCCAGAAGGGUUCAGUAGCAUGAUAGCGGCGCAUCGACUUGUUCGUCCUGAGAAUAGCGAAUGGCACUGGCCCCAGAUAAUCUACAUCUACUCUAGGACGAACCUGACACUCGAAUCCGACCGGCUGCCUGCGCUGUCCGGUAUGGCGGCACGUCAGAACGCAAUCACUGGAGAUGAGUAUCUUGCGGGCUUCUGGAAAAGGGACAUUGUGAGUAUGCUCACUUGGAUCUGCACGAGUUGGCUGGCCAAAAGACCAAGCUGGCGCGCGCCCACCUGGUCAUGGGCCUCUAUCGAUGGCGUAGCAUCGGCUCCGGGUACAUCCGAGGCAAUGAAGCCCCAGGCUCGGCUUUUGGAUGGUUGGACCAAAUCUGUUGGCGACAAUCCGUUCGGUGCAGUCUUGGAUGGGGAGAUCACUCUAGCAUGUGCCUCACUCGUCCGCGCUAAACUGGAUCGCACUGGUAUAGAAGAAUACCGCUACAGUUGGUGGGAAACGAGCUAUGAGCGGCUUGGGUCGAAAGAGUUCCCACAUGUCAUCUUCCCCGACUUUGAAUCGCGCACGUUCUCGGUGGAUCUGGAUUGCUUGGAUGUGGAAAUGCAGGGAAAGCAGGAAGAUGUCGUUCUCCUUCCCCUGCUCUGCGGCCUCACUGGAGGCCGAAUCCAAGAACGUCCAAAGCGUCACAAGGGAGACGAACCUAGUUCCACAUUAGAGGCGGGAACCUCUGAAGAUGAAGCAGAUGAGACAAGAACACUUACAGGAAAAGCAGACAAGUCCGAGGUGGAGGAGGACUUGGAGUAUCUCCCCAAUGGCGAAUGCUGGCGAAAAGAGAGAGUGAUCGAGGGCAUGGUGCUGAGAGUGGUGCCAGGUGUUGCCGGUUGCUAUACCCGGCUUGGCCAUUUUAGUUUCGAUAAUUCUCCUCAAUCCGCGAGGGGGAGAAAUUUCUAUGGAGAUAUGAGCUCUAUUGUUCGGGACAAAGGCGCAGAGACGGCUAGGCUGGGAUGCAUAAGGACGGUCUCGAGCGACGAGCACCCAGAACAGAAGUACGUGAUUAGCAUCAAAUGA